CACAUAAACCUGACUGAAGAAGAAGAUCAUCAGCCGGAGAUGAGCAGUGUGAAUGUUACUGACGGUCUAAAACUAUGAACACUGAGGAUCAUCCGCCUUUACUUCAGUGUGUUACCGCCUAUAGACAGAACUUUACUAAAGUUUACUUAUGAAAUUGUUUAUUUUUGUUUAUUUCGCCUCUUUGCUGGGAAAUGUUGGGACUGAAACAUGGAGCCCGACAGUUCCGGAAGUUCUGCUUUUCCUCCUGUUUCCUGUUCAUCCUUCAUCAGCAGUCACACACUCUCUGCAGUACCAACACACUGCUGUCACACCAGGAGUAAAUCUCCCAGAAUUCACUGCUGUUGGUCUGGUGGAUGGAGAGCAGUUUGUGUUCUAUGACACCAACAACAAGAUGAUGAUCCCUAAGACAGAGUGGGCACAGAAGAUCAACGCUGAUGAUCCACGUUACUGGGACAGAGAGACAGAAGACAAGCGGAAUGAAUAUCACACACUCAAAGUCAAUAUGGAGAGAGUAAUGCGGAGUUUUAAUCAGACUCAAGGAGUUCAUACACUCCAGAGGAUGUACAGCUGUGAGCUUGAUGAUGACGGCACCACUAGAGGAUAUGAUCUGUACGGUUAUGAUGGAGAAGAUUUCAUGGAUUUGGAUCUGAAAACUGGAACCUGGACUGAAGCGAAACCUCAAGUUGGAAUCUUUAUAAAGAAGUGGGAUCCUACAGACACUAAAGCUAAACACUGGAAGAGCUACCUGGAGGAUGAAUGUAUUUAUUGGUUAAAGAAGUUUGUGUCUUACGGCAGAGAGACUCUGGAGAGGAAAGUUCCCCCCAAGGUGUCAGUGUUCCAGAAACACUCUCCUUCUCCAGAGGUGGUGUGUCACGCUACAGGUUUCUUCCCCAAAGCCCUGAAUAUCACCUGGCAGAAGGACGGAGAGGACGUGAUUGAGGACGUUGAGCUCAAUGAGACGUUACCCAACCAGGAUGGAACCUUCCAGAAGAGGAGCAUUCUGAAAGUCCCAGCUGAGGAGCUGCAGAAACACAAAUACACCUGCGUGGUUCAGCACAGCAGCUUGGAGAAGGAUUUAAUCCUAGAAGUAGCAAAAGGUGGAGAAUCAGAUGGAGGGCAGAUUGGAGUCAUCAUUGGUGUCGUCGUGGCCGUUGUCGCUCUCGUCGCUGUUGUCGCUGCUGUUGUCUUGAAGAGGAACUCUGGAUUCAAACCUGUUCCCCCCCAAACCCUACUGGUUUGCUGUCCCCUGUGAACUGCAGCUACACACGAGGACAAACUCCUGGAAACGCACUGCAUCACUGCUCUUUCACAACCAACAGCGGAUGAGAAUCUGAAGACUGGAGCUGCAUUACUCUUUCUUCUCCACAAACUGAAAUCCAUCCCUCAUGCGUGGAGUUUCUGAACUCUGUGUUUUUCUCCCACAGAUGAGGAGCUGCAGCUGAGUAUCUAGUGUUUUUGUUCACCGCCGUACAGUAUCUAUUGCAUCACUGCCACAAACUGGACCGCGGUGUGUCGAGCGUCGUGGUCCAGGUUGGCCUGAUCGUGUAGCAGGUGUAGGUACGGCACAUCUUUGCAACUACAUUUUCACAUAAUUCCCUCAGUUCUUGCCCUGGACGAUAUCCGCUUCAUCUCAUCUUUCACUGUGCCACGAUUGGGUCGUGCACUACUGUAAAUUGUGAUGCAAGCUCACCCAUCAGAGCAAGUUCCUUUCUCUUUUGGACUGGCGCGAUCAGAUGCGCCUCCCUACACUCUCUGCCUCUGGCUAUCUAUUUGGACUCGCACAUGCAGACGUGCCUCACUUCUCUCUACCUCGCUCUCUGACCAGCACGCUCUCUCUGAUUGAUGCGCCAUUGGUAUUAAAGAGGCACUGCGGCUUGCAAGUGGAAGCAAAGAACAAAGACAAAACGCGUGGUUGUACGAGCCACUGGCUAUGGUUAAAAGUACCUCAGUCGCGUUGUUUCACUUUUGUGGUGUUUGAGCCUGGCUGCUGUUAUUACUACACCAUAAUAACACAAAAUAGGAAGAUUAGAGGCAAGUGAUUCCCUCCACGUCUUCAGCCAACGAGUGUUUGACCAAAGACCUUCUGGAUCAUGAGAGCCCGCCUGGAAAGGACUUUUGCAACGCAGGAGAGCUGUAUUUAAACUAAAUUGAAACUGUGCUCCGCUCUUUUCAAAAAAGUACACCAAGACGGAGGAUCACUGACGAACUCCUUCGUGCUGCCAUGCGAGAGUGGUCCCAAGUGAGGCUGGCAUUUUGGGUAAUGUGAGUCUUAACUUGAUUAAUUUAUGUGAAAAGUGCUACUUAAACCUAAGUUUGUUUCAAGUGUGCGCACAAUAAUCACAGUUUUGGUUGGAUCAUGUUAUUGUAUUUCUCUGUUUUACUCUGGUAAAUGGAUUGUGCAUGCUUUAUCUAUUUUUCCUCUCUAACGUUUCCUUACCAUGCAUUAUUAUACAUACCUCAACAUUCAGACUUGAGUAAACUCGGGGCCGGUUAGCUCAGUUGGUUAGAAUGUGGUGCUUAUAAUGCUGAGGUCGCGGGUUCGAUCCCUGCAUGGGCCAGUGAUUACUUGCACACCUUUGUUAGAAUCCCUUGUCUAAUCAAUCACAAAGUGCCUAUGGCCCCUCCCCACCUUUUUCAUAUUUUUUUUUUUUUCCACGUGCAAACAACCCCUUUUGUUAAGCCUGCGUGCGCGCACACAAUAUUACUCUCAUAGCACCACUUUUGUGUCUUGAUUUGUUAAACUGCUGCUAGUAUUGUUGAACGUAUCUGAUCAGCAUUAUCCUCACUUGAUUGUCACUUUAAUAAAUGAAAUGUUUACAAGAAA